GACCAUUUAUCCGUAUCGUUCCGUUAGUUAAGGCUUAAAACUGAAAAAAUGUCUGAUUGGUCUGAACUUAACUCUGAUCUUCUGGUUCUAGUUGUUAAGCGUAUUAAUUUAAUUGAAGAUUAUCUUAGUUUUGGUACUGUCUGCAAAUCCUGGCACUCUGUGGCCACAAAGGAUAAUUUUAAUAGCGAUUUGCCUAGGGUUCCAUGGCUAAUGUUAGCCGAGGAAGAGGAUGACGACACAUGUAGGAAAUUCUUCAGUCUAGAAAAUGGGGUGAUUCUGAAAAAGAGUAUCCCUGGAGCUAGGGGAAAAAGGUGUGUUGAGUCCAUGGGAUGGCUUGUAACAGUCCGAAUAGGCCAGAAUGAAAUAAGUCUAUUGCAUCCAUUUUCUGGUGUUGAAAUCCAGCUGCCAGAUCAAAUUCGAUACCCACUGGAUAAUAAUAAAUAUUAUGGACCCGUCACUUUCUCACCAGCAAUCUCUAUCCAUAAAGCAGUUUUGUCAGCUAAUCCUUCUCAUACAUCUGACUACAUUCUAAUGAUCAUUGAGGGAGACUUCAGUUUCCUCAGUCUAUGGAGACCAGGUGAUUUGUCAUGGACCAGACUAUCGGUCUACAAUGGACGAAUUACUGAUGUAGUAUAUUUCAAUGGCAAAUUUUAUUCAGUCGAUUAUAAGGGUCGUAUCUCUGUUUGCGAUGUCUCUGGCUCUGAAAUCGGUGAAAACAAUCGCAUAGCGCAGCUAAAUCAAUGUAUUCAUGGUAUUUAUUACAUCCUAGAAUCACUAGGAUCGUUAUUUGUAGUUGUGCAACAAUUUGUUGGUUUAUCGUACGAGUACGACUCAGAUGAUUGGAUUCUACUGACUUCCAUCCUAGGUGUAGAUUAUGAAGAGGAGACUGUUUCCAACACUUAUAGGACAAUAAUUUUUCUAGUUUACAAGAUUGAUUUAGAUGCUUGUGAAGCUACGCCAACGAAGGAUUUAGGGGACAGCUUUUUUCCUGGGUCCUAAUGCUUCUAUUUCGGUUCAAGCUUCUCAAUUUCCAGGAAUCAAGCCCAAUCAUAUUUAUUUUACAGAUAAUUAUUUGUGUGCAUACCUCCAGUUCCGAGAAGGAUGCGGCUUGGACAUGGGGAUGUUCAACUUAGCAGACGAAAGUAUCCAGC